AUUACCAAAAAAAAAACAAUAUGAAAACAAAUAAAAAUAUUUUGAUAGCUUGUACCGGUAGUGUGGCCACAAUUAAAUUACCCGUGCUCUUAGAGAAGUUGCAGAAUUUGAAUAACGAUUAUUAUAGCAUUAAUAUUAAAGUAAUUGUUACAGAACAUGCCAAACAUUUCAUCGAUACGAAUACAAUGCCUCAAGACAUAGAAAUCUUAGAUGAUCAAACUGAAUGGAAUGCUUGGAACAAGCGUGGUGAUCCUGUUGUGCACAUAGACUUGGGUAAAUGGGCUGAUAUGCUGGUGAUAGCACCUUUAAGUGCAAAUUCAUUGGCUAAAAUUGCCAUGGGUCUUUGCGACAAUCUCUUGCUGUGCGUUGUGCGGGCCUGGGAUGUUAGUAAACCUUUGCUUUUCUGUCCAGCCAUGAAUACACGCAUGUUCGAUCAUCCUGUAACCAAGGAGCACAUAACAAAACUAACAUCAUGGGGCUACCACGAAAUAGCAACAGUAUCGAAAACUUUAAUGUGUGGCGAUACCGGUAAUGGAGCUAUGGCCGAAGUCGAUACAAUUAUUGAAAAUAUUUUAAGUAAAUUUGAGUAAAAAAUAUGAUUUUUAAAGAAAUUAAUACAAAAUUACAUUUAAAAAUGUUCUAACGAGUUAGAAAAAAUUGUUGGACUAUUUUGAAAUGUAAUUUUAGUGGCUUUUAUAUUAUUAAAUGUAUUUUUAUUGAAUGAUAAUCAUUUUGUUUUUUUUUUCUUUUCAUUUAAUUCGUAUAAUAAUUAUUAUUCAUAAUUUUAUGCGCGGUGAGUGCAUCUAAGAGCAAAAACUGUUUUUAUUUGUUUUUUUUUUAAUUUAUAAUUAUUAUUUGUUUUUUUUUUCUUGUUUCUUUUAAUAUAUAUAUAUAAUAAUAUUUUGUUGUUUAUAAUAUAAUUUAUAUUUUUAUUUAUUUUGUUUUUUCAAUAUAAUAACUAAUGUAUGUUUAAAUUGUUAAUAAACAUACGUAAUGUUUAUUUGUUUUGUAGUUAAUAGUAUGUAAAUGUGUGUGAAUUUUGUGUUUUGUUUUUUCAUUUUUGUUUGUUACUUUAUCAAUUUGUUGUGGUUUUUGUUAUCAUAGCAUUUGUAAUUAAAUUUUAAACAUAAUACAACUCUGUUUUUUUUUGUUUUGUUUCUUUCUUUAGCUUAAACCAAUUGAAAAAAGUCCUUAAAAUCUAUAUAAAAAUAUAUUUAUAUAUAUAUAAAAUAUUUGCAAAUUACAUAAACUUAAUUUUACUUUAUAUAAUUAUAGUAUAAUAAAAUAAAAUUAAUAAUAAUAAUAAAAAAAAACUAUAACGAACAAA